ACUGUGCGGCGCAAGGGUUGUCGGGAAAUGCAGUCCAAGCGGCUGGGAAGAGAGGCGCCUGGGAACUACAGCCAGGGGGAUGUUUGAGCUCCCAUUGAAAGGCCCAGCUUCGCCCCUUUAGUCUGGGCAGCCUGUUGGAGUGUCGCCCCUCAUCUUUUUUUGCCUUUAAAUAAUAUAUGUCCCAGGAUUGGACUUUUAUGCCUUUAACAGCUCCUUGGAACAGGAAACAGUUCAACAUAAUUGAGUCAUGGAUAAGUUUGUUAUACGAACAUCCAAAACUCAAGGCCAACCAAAGAAGAAAGAAUGUGGAGAAAAAACUUACAAGCAAGUCACUAUAGAGUCUCUGAAGAGAGUUGUGGUUGUUGAAGAUAUAAAAAGAUGGAAAGCUAUGCUAGAGCUUUCAGAGCAGCCUAAGGAGAACCUAAUAGAGGCCUUAAUGGAAUUAAAGAAGAAAAUACCCUCCAAGGAAGUUUUACGUUCAACAAAAAUAGGUCAUACAGUGAAUAAGAUGCGUAAGCAUCCAGACAAAGAUGUUGCUGCUCUUGCCAAGGAGGUGUAUUCUGAGUGGAGGACAUUUAUUAAGGACCAUUCAGACAGACCCUCGAUAGAAGUGAGGAGUGACCCCAAAACAGAGAAACUCCGUCAGAAUGCACGGAAGAUGCUCUCUGAAGCUUUGGAGUGUGAGAUUGGGCACCCGCUGGCGGAAAAUAUUGAGCGAGAAGCUUUUCAUCUCUCUUCCCGUCUCAUUAAUGCACCCUACCGCAGGACCGUGCGAGCGCUCGUAUUCGCUUUAAAGCACAAGCCUGAAACACGUACACAAGUGCAAAGUGGUGCACUGUCGCUUAGCACAUUUGUGCAAAGCCACAAAAAGUAACUGAAAUGCUUGAUGCCGAAGGGAACUGUGUGGCUGGCCAAAGCAUAUCAUGUAACAAGGGAUGGUGCCUCUUCUCUUUCUUGAAUGAGUAGGAUAAUAUUAAUCAUGUAAUACUCUUGGUAUUGGGAAAAUGUAGCGUUUUUGGGAAAUCUUUUGGGCCAGUCCUUAUGUGGUGUAAGAGGUAAAACAAAGUAAAAUAAACUUAUUUUGGAAUACAGUUUACUAUGUGGAAAUAGCCCUUUAGAGAGAUAUUUUUUCCAACAAAGGCAAACGCAGUUUGUAAUAAAAUCUAGUAAUGAUAUAAAAUCUUUUAACAUUAUUUUUUUAAAAAUAUUAUUUGUAAUUAUACGAAGGGGAAGGCUAAUGAAUUCAAUCGUCUUCCCCCAGAGCCUUGUGUUUUAAUUCUGUAUAAUAUGAUGUGUAUAAAGGCAGUAUUGAUUUUAGGUACAACUCAGUAUGUGAACUUCCUAAUGUGCAGUAUUCAUAAUGUAUUGUUGAAGGCUUUCCUAGCUGGAAACACUGGGUUGUUGUGUGUUUUCUGGGCUGUAUGGCCAUGUUCCAGAAGCAUUCGCUCCUAACGUUUCACCUGCAUCUGUGGCAGGCAUUCUCAGAGGCUCUGAGGAUGCCUACCAUAGAUGUAGGUGAAACGUCAGGAGAGAAUGCUUCUGGAACAUGGCCAUACAGCCUGGAAAAUACACAACAACCCAGUAUUAGUAAUAGAAGGCAGAGGAAGGAGUCAACAUAGGAACAGUGAAAAGAAAGCGAGAAGCUAGGAAAUGAAUACUUGGCAUCAAACAAUAACUGGGAUUUUCACCAAUUUUUUAAAUUCUUUUUGACGCGUGCAUAAAUAAUCUUGAGGAGGUUGUUAUUUCAAAGCUGCAUUUGUUAAUGUUCUAGAAAUUGUAAGAUGGGUAAAGAGAGACCUAUUUUUUGUAAGAGUUUUACUAAAACAUUUCGCUUCUCUAAAAUGCUAUGGUAGGUAGGAAGGACACCAAGAAAUAACUGGCUAGAAGGCAAGAGAGAUUUGCAUUUAGUGUGUAUUGUUUUAAUUAUCCUGUAUAUUAACUGCUGAGAGGAAAGAACAAGGAUGAAGGCACAGUGCCAUAAAACUAGUGUAACAGGCUCAUAUGUAAACAGGUCCAUUUGUUAAGUGUAACAAGUUCAUGUGUAAAAUAAAGAGAACUUUAUUUUUUAAAAACAAAAUAAAUAAUUCAAGCCA